AUGCCUCGAUGGAAUAUUGAUCAUGUUCUUGUUCGAAAUCAAUUAACAAACAAUGUUUAUCGAUUUCCAUGUGGACGAUGGUUAGGUAAAGGUGUUGAUGAUGAUAGUUUAGAGCGACUUCUUUUUAUUGAUUCGACAUCUUCAUGUGAAAUGAAUGAUAAUAAUACUAAUGGUUUAUUCGAUUCUGGUUCACCAUCUCAAUUAAUGACAACAAGUUUCAUAAGUGGUGGAUCUCAAGCAAAUUUAUCAGCUUCUGUACGAUCACGAUCACCUAGUUUACGACGUGUCAAUGAUCAAAAUUUUGUCUUCAGUUGGCUCACGGAAAAUUUUUAUCGUCAAAAUCAAUCAAAUCAACAAGCUGAUGAUAUUUAUGAAUUGUUAGGUCGAUCAAUUAAUCAAUUAGUUAAAUAUUUUGAUGAACCUGAAAAAAAAAGAGGAUUAAUAACACCAAUUUUAUGUGGUGACGAUGGUCUUGUUAAUGCAUUAGAAAAAACUCUUUCCUAUGGUUUAAAAAAAUCAACUGUUAAUGUUCCAUUUUUUGGCGGUGGACGAAAACGAUAUGUUUGGGACUUCUUAAUUAAAGUUUGUGAUGAAUAUGAUGGACGUCGAUCCCAAUGGCAACGUACUAAAUUAGAAAAAACUAUUAUUUGUUAUAUAAAUGGAGUUCGAUCAAUUGAAAAAG